AUGUCACAAACAAGAUAUUUAUUAGGUGGUGCUGUUUUAGCAGGUGCUGGUUAUUAUGUUUAUCAAACAAGAUUAGAACAAUCUAAAAUUACAACUCAACAAGAUUCUUUAAAGAAUAAAUUACCAGGUUUUGGUUCUUCUAGUACUGGUACUUCAGAAGGUCCUGGUCAAUAUACUGGACGUAAAUUAGAUGAAAUUACAAUUGAUACUCGUGAUAAAUUGGAUGAUUUAAAAACCAAUGCUAAUAAGCAAUUGGAUAAAGGAUUUUCUCAAGCUGAAUCUGAAAAAGCAAGAUUAGCAAAUUGGACAAAUGAAAAAAUUAAUAAUGCCCAAGAGAAAUUAGAUCAAGUUGAAUCUAAAUCUCAAGAAAAGGCUAGUAUUUUCAGUAAAGAUGCUCAUAAAGAUGAUCCAAAAGGUUUAAAUAAACUUGGUAAAGAUAUAGAAAAAGAAGCUGAAGCUGCUAAAUCUUCUGUAUUUGGUUCUUUAUCCAAUGCUAAAGAUUCUAUAAUUGGAACUAAAGAUGAUGUUGAACAUCAAAUUAAAUCCAAAUCACAAGAUUUACAAUCUGGUGCACAAGAUCAAUUAAACAAGGCUGAAUCUAAAGCCAAUGGUUGGUUUGGUAAAGCUCAAGAUGAAACUAAUAAAGCAGUUGAUUCAACCAAAGCUAAUUUAGAACAAGGUAAGAAAUCUUUUUGGUCAGGUUGGUUUGGUGCAAAAGAUGAAACUAAAGAAUCUAUAGAUUUUGCAUAUCAAGAAGCUCAACAAUUAUAUGAUGAUGCAGAAAAAAGAUAUAAAGAAACCAAGAAAAGUUGGUUAUCAUGGAAUAAUAAGGAUGAUACCAAAGAGAAAUUACAUAAAGAUGCUGAAUUAGAAUUGAAAAAAGCUCAAGAUAAUUUACAAAAAGCUCAAGAUAAAGUUUCUCAUUGGCAAAAUAAAGCAAAAGAAACUUUAGACCAAGGUGUUGAUAAAUUAAAUAAACAAGAUUUAAAUUUACAAAAAUCUAAUGGAUUUUAUGAUUGGUUAAGAGGUGGUGAUUCUAAAUCAACUGGUCGUGGUAUUAAUGAUGAAACAUUAGCUAAAAGAACUCAACAAGGUUUAAAAGGUUGGGGUGAAACUGCUGAGGAAUUUUCUAAAGAACAAUUGAAUGAGGUUUCGUCUAACAAGUCAAGUAAAUCAUGGGGUUUUGGUAAUUGGUUUGGUGGUAAAUCAAAUCAAUCUAAAGAUGAAGAAAUUGCACAAAGAGCUCAAAAAGGUCUAAGAGGUUGGGGUGAAUCUGCUGAACAAUUCUCUAAGGAUGAAUUUGAUGAUGUUAAACAUCAAGCUGAUCAAAAAAAAGCUGAAUUAGAUUCAAAAUUAAAAGAAUGGAGUGCAUGGACAAAUAAAAAAUAUGCUGAUUCCAAAGAAGGUGCUGAAGAAUUUUAUAAAGAUGCUCAAUCAAAUUUUAACAAGGCUGAAGAAGAAUUAAAGAAAAAUUCAUCAGGUUGGUUAUCAUGGAGUUCUAAACAAGCUAAAGAUUUAGAAGCUGAAACCAAAAAGCAUUUUGAAGAAUCUGAAAAAAAAUUAACAGAAGCUUCUGAAAAUUUAAAAAAUUGGACAAAUCAAACUUCUAGAGAUGCUGGUGUUAAAUUUUGGAGUAGUGCAGAUGGUGCUUUACAUCAAGCACAAAAUGGAGUUGAUAAAGCUAAUGAAGGGAUUCAAAGUGGGAUUAAUGAUGUUAGAUCAUUAGUUCAAGAGAAGAAAUAA